AUGCCAAUGGCGCUGUUUCUCAACUCGAUAGCAAACUCGUUGGUCGCUUUGUCGCCGGGCCCCGAAUUACUGUCCGCAUUUUCGGCAUUCGACGACGACGACAGCGGCCAGAUCGAUGUUGCAGAACUCAGAGAUGCGCUACUGCAUACGGCACCAGAGCCCGGCCAGGAGCCCCUGACGGCGCUGGACGUUGAGAAGGUCAUUGCUGGUUUCACAGGGCGGAGGGCGUUCAGUAAGAGCUCAGCCACGGGGCUGGGUAAGCGUGGCGAGGUAUUCCGGUACCAGGAUUUUGUAAAUACAGUUUCUGGUGGGAACGGGGCCGCUGCGCGGGCCGAUGACGAUGCAGAGGAACCCUGA